CGUCAAUUUCAGGAAUAGGAUCAAUGCGUGCGAGAAAUGAAUAUUUUUAUUUUAUGAAAUUGAUCUAUGAAUAAUUGAUAAAAUAUGGGAUCACGACAAAUUACUGAGAAGUCUCUGUCUAUGUUAAGAUCCUUACCGAGAAUAUCUCUUGGUAAUAUUCGUAACAAUCCUAAAUCCAAGCAAAGUUCAAAAAGAGGCCGCGGACAACACGGAGGCGACAAGCAUGGCGCUGGUAAUAAAGGAUCAGGCCAAAGGCAAAACUAUAUGAGAUUAGGUUAUGAAACUGGAAAUAAUCCAUUUUAUUUGAGAGUUCCUCAAGAACAUUAUUACAGAGGCCACCACCUCCGGAGGGAAUAUCCACCACUGUCAUUACAUCAACUACAGACCAUUAUUGAUACAGAUCGCUUGGAUAUAACUAAACCCAUUGAUAUUGCAAGUAUUAUCAAGUCAGGUCUCUACAAAUUUUUCCCUGAUCAGAAGCAAUUUGGUGUCCAACUCACUGAUGAAGGAGCAGAUUUCUUUGCAGCAAAAAUAAAUAUUGAAGUUCAGUGGGCGAGUGAACAAGUAAUUGCUGCUAUUGAGAAAAAUGGUGGUGUUAUUACAACUGCCUACUACGAUCCGCAUAGUUUGAUGUUACUCAAGAACCCUAAAAAGUUUUUUGAGUCAGGUCAAGCUAUACCUAGGAGGAUGAUCCCACCACCUGAUGCUAUUGAAUAUUACACUAGUGCUGAGACACGUGGCUAUCUGGCUGAUCCAGAAGAAAUAUCAAAGGAAAGGCUAAAAUUAGCACAGAAGUAUGGGUAUAGUUUACCUAACAUUGAAAAUGAACCAAACUACAAUAUGCUAAACGAAAGGAAAGAUCCUAGACAAAUAUUUUAUGGAUUAGAGCCCGGUUGGGUUAUCAAUUUGAAGGAAAAGUGUAUUCUUAAGCCGAAAGAUCAAGAAUUGUUACAAUUCUACAGUACAUAAGAUGGAUAACUAAAUUAUAUUGGUAAAUAUAGGUUCUUAUAGACAUUAAUUGUUGUUUUUUUCUAAUUUCUUGUGUUAUCUCAGUGAGAUCAAUUGUCUAAUUGUAACCAGACAGAGAAUCAUGAAAUGAAAAUAUAAUAGAACAAAAAAAUAGCAAAAAAACCAGUAGUACAAUUACCUUUCCCGGGAAUCGAACCCGAAACAAUCACACGGCUACAAAAUUAACGAAGCAUCUAUGCAUAUUUUGGCCCCAAUCGCAAUUUGCAAGAGCUGCUAGAACAAUAAUAAAAUAAUAUGUUCAAUGUUCAUACACCCAACGUUUUUAUCAACCAGUGUUCCAUUUUCAAUGCUGGCCCUUGGGCGUUAGGAAAUCCGAAUUUAGACAGGUAAUUUGUAUUGUCACUUUCUUGAGACAUACUAAAUAAAUUAUUGUUUUCGGCUUACUCAUGUAAUAAUUAUUUAGACAGGUAAUGUUCGGCACUAAAUGUACUAGGAUUUGAUGCCGAAUAUUUGCUCUGUAAGUGGAGCCAGUUUCAGAACUUUAGUUGUGUCAAUCUAUUGAUUCUGUGCAAGACUAUGGCCAAGGUCAAUUCACUAGGUAUUUAUUUAUUUUUUGCUGUUUGAUGCGAGUUGACAUUAUUAAAAAUAAAAAACAUU